AUGUACAGUAGCAGUACACGUUGGAAUAUGCUGGCACAACAACGGAAAGCGUUUGUUAAUCCACAAAGUGAAUGUCGCAUUAAAUGUCUCAACGGUGGAUUUUGCGCAUACUUAGUUGAUAAUCCAUCGAUACAUACGUGUCUCUGCUUACUUAACGUCUAUUAUGGUGAUCGAUGUCAAUAUGCUGUUACGGAAACGACAACGUUAGCAACUGAUUCCACUGAGCGUCCUCGUUUGCAUCAUUCCGGACGGGAACAAUUCGAAAUUGGACAUCAAAGAUACGAAGUAUCAUCACCGAUCCAAACUGAAAAAAUUUCCAGUGAUGAAAUAACCAAAUAUGAUGAGAUAUCACAAUUUGGAUACACGAAAGUGUAUCAAGUAAAAGAACCAAAAAGGAUUACAUCAACUGAAGAAAUAAAAACGGAUGAAAAUGAUUAUACGGAAGGUUGGGAUACUACGAUUGGUGACGAUGACGAAUAUUCCUACGACGAUCGAGCUACCGAUCCAUUAGAUACCGUAAGAAGUGAACCAUCAAUGCCAGUAUGGUUACAAGAAUCGGAUGAUUACCGUACGGUAACAGGACAAGGAAAUCCACAGCGAAUUUAUUUGAAUAAAAAGAAAACAGAUCAAAUGGUGACACGUGUGGAUAAAGAUAAACGAAUGAAAACUGAUGAAGAAACAUUAGCGAAAUGGACAAUCGAAAACGAUAAUUCCGAUAGCCAAGAAUUAAUGGCGGAAUCAGAAUCCAUGGAUGAAGGUUGGAUGAUAAGCAAACGACGGCGUGUUAUUACGAAUAGUGCUGCUGUUAUCACUAAUACUUCAUUAAAAUCAACAUUCUUCCUCAUUUUCUUUGUUAUGCCUCUAUUAAGGUGGUAA